AAUUAUUUAAACCUAAAGUCUACAAUUUCCUCCUCAACUAUAUAGAUAUAUAUAUAUAGAGAGAGAGAGGUUUAAAUGAUGUAUAAAACGGCCACAGUGUUGUUUUGCCCUAAUCUCCCUGUGAUCCCAUUCCUGGGGAGGGCUGUGGAUCUGGCGGAACCAAUUGUAAAGGGCUCUGUUUCCGCGAGCACCACUCACCGCCGUGCGCACCGGAAGAGCUUCGAGUCUUGUUACCAUGGAGAUUAAGACGCUACUUCCGUCCAUCCAAUAAACUGGGGGAGAUGGCGGAGGAUCAGGAGAAAUCGGUAACUGUCAAUGAGGAGGGCGCAGCGGGCUACGUUUCAGCGGUCCCCUCUCCUCCAUCUUUCUAUCGGCAGCUAGCGGCAUUAGCCUGGCAGAUGUUUUAUUCCUGCUGGUCCCAUCGGCCCGGGAUUAAUGUAUUAUUAGCUCAGUCCGAGAUAAGGGGUUUAACCAGGGUCACUGCAGCUCGCCUCCAGGAGCUCUGUGUCUGUAACCCCAUGGCAGCCAGGGAGGGGUAACCAGAGGGUGUCACUCUCUUCCCAUCAUGCUCAGGCAGCCAGGGAGGUGUAACUGAGACACAGUGGGUUAAACCAGAGGGUGUCACUCUCUUCCCAUCAUGCUCAGGCAGCCAGGGAGGUGUAACUGGUACACAGUGGGUUAAACCAGAGGGUGUCACUCUCUUCCCAUCAUGCUCAGGCGGCCAGAGAGGUGUAACUGGGACACAAUGGGUUAAACCAGAGGGUGUCACUCUCUUCCCAUCAUGCUCAGGCGGCCAGAGAGGUGUAACUGGUACACAGUGGGUUAAACCAGAGGGUGUCACUCUCUUCCCAUCAUGCUCAGGCAGCCAGGGAGGUGUAACUGGUACACAGUGGGUUAAACCAGAGGGUGUCACUCUCUUCCCAUCAUGCUCAGGCGGUCAGAGAGGUGUAACUGGGACACAAUGGGUUAAACCAGAGGGUGUCACUCUCUUCCCAUCAUGCUCAGGCGGCCAGAGAGGUGUAACUGGGACACAAUAGGUUAAACCAGAUGGUGUUGCUUUCUUCCCAUCAUGCUCAGGCAGCCAGGGAGGUGUAACUGGGACACAAUGGGUUAAACCAGAGGGUGUUGCUUCCUUCCCAUCAUGCUCAGGCGGCCAGAGAGGUGUAACUGGGACACAAUAGGUUAAACCAGAUGGUGUUGCUUUCUUCCCAUCAUGCUCAGGCAGCCAGGGAGGUGUAACUGGGACACAAUGGGUUAAACCAGAGGGUGUUACUUUCUUCACAUCAUGCUCAGGCAGCGAGGGAGGUGUAACUGGGACAUAGUGGGUUAAACCAGAGGGUGUCACUCUCUUCCCAUCAUGCUCAGGCGGCCAGAGAGGUGUAACUGGGACACAAUGGGUUAAACCAGAGGGUGUCACUCUCUUCCCAUCAUGCUCAGGCGGCCAGAGAGGUGUAACUGGUACACAGUGGGUUAAACCAGAGGGUGUCACUCUCUUCCCAUCAUGCUCAGGCAGCCAGGGAGGUGUAACUGAUACACAGUGGGUUAAACCAGAGGGUGUCACUCUCUUCCCAUCAUGCUCAGGCGGCCAGAGAGGUGUAACUGGGACACAGUGGGUUAAACCAGAGGGUGUCACUCUCUUCCCAUCAUGCUCAGGCGGCCAGAGAGGUGUAACUGGGACACAAUGGGUUAAACCAGAGGGUGUCACUCUCUUCCCAUCAUGCUCAGGCGGCCAGAGAGGUGUAACUGGGACACAAUGGGUUAAACCAGAGGGUGUCACUCUCUUCCCAUCAUGCUCAGGCGGCCAGAGAGGUGUAACUGGUACACAGUGGGUUAAACCAGAGGGUGUCACUCUCUUCCCAUCAUGCUCAGGCAGCCAGGGAGGUGUAACUGGGACACAGUGGGUUAAACCAGAGGGUGUCACUCUCUUCCCAUCAUGCUCAGGCAGCCAGGGAGGUGUAACUGGGACACAAUAGGUUAAACCAGAGGUUGUUACUUUCUUCCCAUCAUGCUCAGGCAGCCAGGGAGGUGUAACUGGGACACAAUGGGUUAAACCAGAGGGUGUUGCUUCCUUCCCAUCAUGCUCAGGCAGCCAGAGAGGUGUAACUGGGACACAAUGGGUUAAACCAGAGGGUGUCACUCUCUUCCCAUCAUGCUCAGGCAGCCAGAGAGGUGUAACUGGGACACAAUAGGUUAAACCAGAUGGUGUUGCUUUCUUCCCAUCAUGCUCAGGCAGCCAGGGAGGUGUAACUGGGACACAAUGGGUUAAACCAGAGGGUGUUGCUUCCUUCCCAUCAUGCUCAGGCAGCCAGAGAGGUGUAACUGGGACACAAUGGGUUGAACCAGUCGGUGUUACUUCCUUCCCAUCGUGCUCAGGCAGCCAGGGAGGUGUAACUGGGACACAAUGGGUAAAACCAGAGGGUGUUACUUUCUUCCCAUCAUGCUCAGGCAGCCAAGGAGGUGUAACUGGGACACAAUGGGUUAAACCAGAUGGUGUUACUUUCUUCCCAUCAUGCUCAGGCAGCCAGAGAGGUGUAACUGGGACACAGUGGGUUAAACCAGUGGGUGUUACUUUCUUCCCAUCAUGCUCAGGAAAGCAGAAUCCGGCGUUUGCGGGGUUAACCAGUGAAGCUCCUCAGCCCUCUGUCCUGAAUGGGACAUAAAUCACACUUUAGUGAUUAUCAGGAAUUAUUUCCUGAAUACAAAGCAGACAGAAUAAAAAAAAAUUGAAUUCUCCACAAUUGACACUUUAGUGAGUAACCCCAUUCCGUUAUUCAUUAAACAUCACAUUGAAAAUCAAAUUGUAAAAUUUAGCUGGAAAGUGCUAAUAGAACCUAGUAAGAUAUUGCAAAUGUCAGGCCUAUUUUUUAUUAAUGGAGCAUAACUUUCUUGCUAUCUUCUUUCUUGAAAUUGGCAGUUUAACCCCUUAAGGACACAUGACAUGUCUGACAUGUCGUGAUUCCAUUUUAUUCCAGAAGCUUGGUCCUUAAGGGGUUAAUAAAUAAGCCUGCUGAACAUACAAUUAAACCUGAAAGCACUUCAGCAAGCUUAAAGGAGUUUUAAUGUGCACCACAGAGCAGGAGAUAAGGAAUUCUAAAUUGUGCAAUAAAUGAAGUUUAAAAAUUAGAUUGCAGGAAGUGUGUAGGGAGGCAGUGUGCGUCUCAGCAAGGGGAGGCAUGGCUAGUGUUGUGUAAACAAAAUCAUUAACUUCUAUAUGGCAGAUAAUUGAUUCGUGGGUAAUGAACUGUAGACCAAAAGCACUUAAUUAAAGGGUCUCUAUUAACACCCAUGCCACUGCAGCUUAUUGAAGUGGUCGGGGUGCAUUGUCCCUGUCAGUUUAACCCUGCAAUUGUAAUUAUUGCAGUUAUUGAUAAACUGCAAUAAUUACAUUGUAUGGUUAGCUCCAACUCCUACCAGACAGCCACUAAGGGCACUUUCGGGUGGUUAGGCAACUUUUGUUGCCUAACUGAUGCUGGAUGUAUGAGUUGGCAUUACGAUGCUUUUCUAUUGGUAGUCCUAGUGGGAACACAUUGCUCACCGUGCAUGCUCAUUGCGUCGCUCCUGCCAACUGACAUCUGCGCUGGCUCAGGCUUUGCUGGGGAGACCUAAUGCGCAUGCGCGCCAAUGCCGCGCAUGCACAUUAGACCUCUCCAUAGGAAAGCAUUUAAAAUCUCACAGCGUGAGGACGUCCAGCGACGCUAUAGCACAGUUAAGCCUGAGCCAGCGCAGAGGGACAUUGGCGCUGGAAUCAGGUUAGUGACAAAUGUUUUUUUGGGGUUUUUUUUAACCCUUUCAUCACUGCAAGGGGGGUACUAUAGAGGAUUAUAGUGCUAGGAAUACAACUUUGUAUCCUAGCAAUAUAGUUUCCCUUUAAAGGGACACUGGAGGCACCCAGACCAAUUCAGCUAAUUGAAGUGGUCUGGGUGCAAUGUAAAACAUUGCAGCACUAAGUCUGCCCACAGUGGCUGUCUACUAGAAAGCCAUUAGAGGGCUUCCUGUAUCGAAACGGACCUUUGGUCUCGUAUCUGACGCUGGACGUCCUCACACUCUGCAUGAGGACCUCCAGCGUCAGUUUUUUAUCCAUCGGAAAGCAUUGAUUCAAUUGCCGCCAGAAGGGGCAAAGCCAGGACAUAGCACUGGAAAAAGGUGAGUAAAUAAAGUUUUAUACCCUUUAUUCGCCCGGCGGUGUGGUGCCAGGGAGAUGGGAGGCAGAGGGAGCUAUAGUGCCACAAAGAAAGUUUUGUAUUCCUGACACUAUAGUAUCCAUUUAAGCAAAAGUUGUUACCAGUGCUUAGGGGUUCUCAACCCAGUCCUCAAGGACCCCCUACCAGUCCAGGAUUUAGGGAUUACCUGGGUGUAUCUAAGGUGUGUUUUUUGGUUUUUUUUCUAAACACCUUAGACACACCCAGGUAAUCCCUAAAUCCUGGACUGGUAGGGGGUCCUUGAGGACUGGGUUGAGAACCCCUGCUUUUAGAGUGUCUUUUUAAUACAUUUUUUUACAACUCUCAAAUAUAUAUUUGUUAAAUAUCCUGGGCUGUAUUUCGUUGUGCCAUCUGAAUGUUGGUGCCCACUUUUUCUCAUAGGUCCUUGCAGACUCUUCUGGCUUGAGAAAAUCCCGUCUUAAGAAAGGUAUGAAGAUCCAUUUUGAUGUCAAAAUAAAGCUUAUGCAAAUUCUCUGUAUAAAUUCCACAUAUUUGCACUCACAUGGAUUUUAAAGCGGCACUGUCAUGGCCGAAUCACGUUGUUUGGUUUUUUUUACCCCCCCUCCCGACUCCACUACAUCUAAUUGUCCCCCUAGUUUCCACCAAAUGCCCCUAAGCCCCCCAUCUUACCUAUUUUUGCAUCUUUAUUUCGUGCCUAGACCUAGGUCAUUGGCACCACCAUCUUUGUGUGGGUAGAUGAAGUCUCUGUGGGGCACGCCACCUGCCCACACUAGAUAGCGCUGUGAAAUUCCCGCGCAUGCCAAGUUAAACACAAAAAGAUGUUUAACCCCACCCUCCCCCCAUUUUAAUUUAGAGCUCCCACCCACCAUUCAUCGGUGGGGGCUGGGUGGGAGGACAAUAGGUCCACCCCCCCUAUUUUAAUUUAGGGCACCCACCGCUUAUUGGAGGGGUUAGGGGGAUGACAGUAGCUCCCCUCCCCCAUUUUCAUUUAGGGCCUCCACCCGCCACUCAUGGGUGUGGGACGGGGUGGGACUAAUAGGUCAUCCCCCCAUUUUCAUUUAGGGCCUCCAACUGCAGCUCAUGGGUGGGGGCUGGGUCCCCCCUUUAGUUUAAAAGUCCCCAAUAAAGCGGCACAGGUGGGGGCUCGGGAAGGGGUACACUAGGGCUGCUCACUGUUUAGUAGACAUGCCCCUACUCGCGGUAUAGUAGUAGGGGCAUGUCUACUAGUACUAGUAAAUUUGUAAUUUAGUAAAUUUGGCUGAAAGACCAAUCUUGGUAUUUCAGCCUUUUGGUAGAUAGCUCCCUGCUACCGUGGGAAUUAGGGAGUUAUCUACUAAGCGGCUUCAAGAUGCAGCCGCGGCACAAAGAGAUCAGCAAGAUUUGAAUGAAAUUCUGAUCCGAACAAAGUUCCGAAUUGCGUCCUGACACGAAUGGAGAAACUGUUCUCAUUCUGUUAGGACGAAAUUCUGUAGUUUCGCCGGCGUUCUGUCUAAAAUGAAUACUGACACAUUGCUCCUCCGCUGGUCAUAGAUGGUCAGACAUAGGAAACCUCCAUAAGAUAAAUAGUCCCUACUUUGUCUUAUGUUUUAAAGAAAACUAGAGCAGACAGGAAGAAAUAAAGAACAGAUCCUGACAGAGGAAGAUAAGAGGAAUCGAUUAAAGAGACACUCCAGGCACCCAGACCACUUCUGCCCAUUGGAAUGGUCUGGGUGCCAACUCCCACAACCCUUAACCCUGCAAGUGUAAUUAUUGCAGUUUUCAUAAACUGCAAUAAUUACCUUGCAGGGUUAAGUCCUCCCCUAGUGGCUGUCUACUAGACAGCCACUAGAGGGCACUUCCGGGAUCAUAGCACAGAUUAACUGUGCUAUAACGUCGCUGGACGUCCUCACGCUGUGAGAUUUUAAAUGCUUUCCGAUGGAGAGGUCUAAUGUGCAUGCGCGGCAUUGGCGCGCAUGCGCAUUAGGUCUCCCCAGCCGGCGGGCAGCAUCAGUCUCCCCCGCCGGCUGACGUAAUGAAGGGGGGGAGCGGCGGCGGAGGAAAAAGCAGAGAUAUGGGACAUGUCGCUGCCUCUGGUAAGUGACUGAAGGGGUUUUCACCCCUUCAGCAACCGGGAAUGGGAGGUGGGAGGGAGAGGGGACCUGCAGUGCCAGGAAAACUGAAUGUUUUCCUGGCACUGGAGAGUCCCUUUUAAAGAAAGGUAGGUUCGGCAUGACAGUGCUGCUUUAACACUUCCUGGCAGAUGAUUUUCUAGACAUUUCACUUAAAUCAGUACUAUUGUGCUAGGAAUACAAAAUUGUGUGUCGUCUGUGUACGUGAUGUCCCAGAUACCUACUUACUCUUAAUACUCUUCAUAUUAGCUUUCUCCAAAAGUCGCCAUUAUAGACCAAUGGGUAUAUUUAUGGUGUACAGUCAGGUCCAUAAAUAUUGGGACAUCGACACAAUUCUAAUCUUUUUGGCUCUAUACACCAACACAAUGGGUUUGAAAUGAGAUGUCACAAGAUGUGCUUUAACUGCAGACUUUCAGCUUUAAUUUGAGGGUAUUUACAACAGUUUGUAUAUGUGCCUCCCACUUUUUAAGGGACCAAAAGUAAUGGGACAGAUUAACAGUCAUAAAUCAAACUUUCACUUUUUAAUACAUGGUUGCAAAUCCUUUGCAGUCAAUUACAGCCUGAAGUCUGGAACGCAUAGACAUCACCAGACGCUGGGUUUCAUCCCUGGUGAUGCUCUGCCAGGCCUCUACUGCAACUGUCUUCAGUUCCUGCUUGUUAUUGGGGAAUUUUCCCUUAAGUUUUGUCUUCAUCAAGUGAAAUGCAUGCUCAAUUGGAUUUAGGUCAGGUGAUUGACUUGGCCAUUGCAUAACAUUCCACUUCUUUCCCUUAAAAAAUACUCUUUGGUUGCUUUUGCAGUAUGCUUUGGGCCAUUGUCCGUCUGUACUGUGAAGCACCAUCCAAUGAGUUCUGAAACAUUUGGCUGAAUAUGAGCAGAUAAUAUUGCCCGAAACACUUCAGAAUUCAUCCUGCUGCUUUUGUCAGCAGUCACAUCAAUAAAUACAAAAGAACCAGUUCCAUUGGCAGCCAUACAUGCCCACGCCAUGACACUAUCACCACCAUGCUUCACUGAUGAGGGGCAUGCUUUGGAUGAGCAGUUCCUUUCCUUCAACAUACUCUUCUCUUCCCAUCACUCUGGUACAAGUUGAUCUUGGUCUCAUCUGUCCAUAGGAUGUUGUUCCAGAGCUGUGAAGCCUUUUUUAGACGUUGUUUGGCAAACUCUAAUCUGGCCUUCCUGUUUUUAGGCUCACCAAUGGUUUACAUCUUGUGGUGAACCCUCUGUAUUCACUCUGGUGAAGUCUUCUCUUGAUUGUUGACUUUGACACACAUACACCUACCUCCUGAAGAGUGUUCUUGAUCUGGCCAACUGUUGUGAAGGGUGUUUUCUUCACCAGGGAAAGAAUUCUUCAGUCAUCCACCACAGUUGUUUUCCGUGGUCUUUUGGUGUUGCUGAGCUCACCGGUGCGUUCCUUCUUUUUAAGGAUGUUCCAAACAGUUGAUUUGGCCACACCUAAUGUUUUUGCUAUCUCUCUGAUGGGCUUGUUUUGUUUUUUCAGCCUAAUGAUGGCUUGCUUCACUGAUCGUGACAGCUCUUUGGAUCUCAUAUUGAGAGUUGACAGCAACAGAUUCCAAAUGCAAACUUGAAAUGAACUCUGGACCUUUUUAUCAGCUCCUUGUAAAUGGGAUAAUGAGGGAAUAACACACACACCUGGCCAUGGAACAGCUGAGCAGCCAAUUCUCCCAUUGCUGUUGGACCCUUGAAAAGUGGGAGGCACAUAUACAAACUGUUGUAAUUCCUACACCGUUCACCUGAUUUGGAUGUAAAUACCCUCAAAUUAAAGCUGGAAGUCUGCAGGUAAAGCACAUAUUGUUCAUUUCAUUUCAAAUCCAUUGUGGUGGUGUAUAGAGUCAAAAAGAUUAGAAUUGUGUCGAUGUCCCAAUAUUUAUGGACCUGACUGUAUGUUAGGGUACCCCUCCACCAUCUUGAAAUAAUUACCUAAUGAAUUUAGAAAGUGUUUUAUAACAUUCAUACUUGAUUUCCAAGCCUCUUUCCAUGACAUUACUUUGUAUUUUUCUUAAUAAGAAUGUCCAAGCUACUGUUUUUUUCACUAUUCACUAUGUGUAUGAUUUAAUACCCACAGGGUUAUUACCUACAUUUUUAUUUCUUGGGAAUUCGCCAGUGAAGUGCAAUUUCAAAGCCAGAUUAUCUGAGUUUGAAAAUUUAGAAAAGUUUUUAGUUCUACUCUUUUGUCCUGAAACGGACACUUUCUCUGAUUUUCUCUAAUUCCUGACAAUAUGUGAUUUAGUGGAUAGCCUGCCUGUGUAUGACUUACUAACCAUUUGUUUUUCUGCAGCUCCAGAACUUCCUAUACUAGAGAGACGAAACUGGCUUAUUCAUUUGCACUACGUCCGGAAGGAUUAUGAGACCUGCAAGGUGAAAACAAUAUAUUACCAUACCUCACUUCCUAUGAUGGAACCCUAAAAAGAGUGGUUUCAUAUUUACUGUAGAUGAACCUGGUGUUGUAUUCAGGAGAUUGAAAAUAUAAAAGUGAAAUGCUGAAAACCUCCUAUGCAAAUACUAGUUCGAUAUAUCGUCUGGUGCUACUACUUUCAAUGUACUACACUUAAAGCUCCUGCAGGUAGUCAUGUUUCUACAUUGAGUCCUUGAAACAUGUUAUAUUACGUUGGAUACACAGCUUUGUUGUGUAUUUUGAUCUGUUAUUGGCUUAUUUGCAGUUUGAAGAUUCCAUUAAAAACCCUUUAAAAAAUUAUUUAAAGUGAUCGACUAACGUUUCCUACACCCAUGAUUGUAGAGAUCAGUGAUGUUCUUGUUUAUAACGUAGGUUAGAAGAAUGCUCUAGUCUAGAAGAAUCUCAGCAUUGAUUUAAAAAUAAUUCCCAAUUCUGGAAAUAUUCAAAACAUUCAUUGAUUUCUCCAGCUUGCUAUUAAGGAACAGCUACAGGCAACGGAGGGAGUGUGUGAAUAUGCCAUUUAUGUACAAGGUGAGUUAUUUUUACACAUUACCCAAGACCCCUACUCUUGCUAAAAGCACAUACAUCUCAGUCUUAUUGCUAUCUGAUUUAUAAUUCUGUUUUGGUUUAUUCACAUUUCCACACAUCAAAUCUUUCAUUUCUACUCAGGCAUUUUCAAAACCUCUGAAGCAAUUCUUCCUUCACCGAUUCCUUCCAUUUAAAAUUCUAUUCCUGUAUUUCAGAUAUCACUUUCUUCCUAUGCAGCAUAGGUCACAUAUACCCAUAACACCAUCCCAUCGUUAAUGGUGGAAAUACACUUUGUACACCCUUAACCAUCCAAACAGUCCAAUGGUCUUUGGAGAUUUUAAUAACGAUCUACAAUUUCUAAGGAAAAAUAACAAGCACAUCCCUUUCUGUUCUCAGUGUUCAUUUUCCCACGUUAGGUUGAAUGAGAAUUAUACACAUAGUGAGAUAAACAUCCAGGGCAUGUCCCAUGUACAGUUAAGAUGAAAACAGACCAGGCAUUUCCCUUAUGGGACUAUACAGGUACGAGUAAUAUAUAGCUAAAAGAAGGCAGACCGCUUGACUGCUUAGUUUUUCAAAAUAUUUGUCCAAUAAUUUUAACUCCUUAAACCUUUAUUUUGCUGUGUGGCAGAGAUGCAGUGGAAUGCAACUGUCACUAGUCUAAUACUAUCCUUACCUUUUGUGUCACUUUACCCCACUCCCUCUAACAUGUAAGCUAACUGAGCAGGGCCCUCAACCCCUCUGUUCCUGUGCGUCAAACUUGUCUGGUUACAACUACAUGCGUGUUCGUCCACCCACUGUAAAGCGCUGCGGAAUUUGUUGGCACUAUGUAAAUAAUAAUGAGGUGCCCUUUAAAUGAAUGUGCAGUUUGUUACAAAUUUGUGUUUUGAGCAUGUCCAGAUGGAACAAUAUUCAACUGGCCUGGAUAGGGACUGAUCUAUCAUGAUCUCCUUUGCUACUAUAGACCAGAGUAGUUUAUUGCAAUUCCACCACAUAUCAUUAAAUUGCUUCUCUCCAGCAUGGCUCUAUUGCUCCUGUGUGCAAGUGGAUUUUGUUUAUUUGGAAUUAGUUAACACCUGUUUCUUGUAACUUUGAUGAUGCUACUUCUUCAGUCGUGAUAUCAAAUGCUUUCAGAUCUUCCAUUUUUAUCAGUGUGUAGAUAAGAUUAAUGUAUAUUGUUUACAUUGUAUUGGCUAUAUUAUUUGAUAUUUUGCCUACCGUUUUUUUCUGAUGCAUUUGUAUCUGUGACAGUUACUUAAAAUAUAUGCAUUGCCUUGUUGAGUAAAGUAAGCGAUUACAUUUUGUAUUCCAUCAUUUCCAAUACUCCUCCAUGUACACAAUUCCCUCCUGUGUUCAUCUGUAUUUAUAUAUUCUCAUUUAAGCAUUAAUCCUCCGACUGGAGGGGAAGAUCCAGGAAUCUCUUGAGCUCUUCCAGACAUGUGCAGUCCUGAAUCCCACCAGCUCUGACAACCUAAAACAAGUUGCACGGUCCCUGUGAGUGACUUUGUUCUGACUUUUUCAGCACCUACUAUGUCAUCUUUCCAAAUUCUUAAAAAUUAUUUUAUACUAGCUAUGCCUUUUGUGCCCAGGCUAUUUCAAAUAUCCCACUGCAUCAAUAAUAUUAUCCUUCCUUUUAUUUUAUUUUUCUUCUUUCCCUUUAACAGUUUUAAAUUCCUCCCUUUGUUCUUUGAAUGUCUUUGUUUUCCAACAUCCACAUCUUGAGAAGUUAAUCAGUCAGUUGAUUUGCGUGUAUUUAGGGAUCUGUUUACAAACUCCAUAGCUGUGUGUCCUGGACAGUGAUUGGAAACGCAGAACUUACUCUGUUAAUUCAUCGCUUUUUAGGUCAACCUUUUCUCAAAUUUUUUUUCUUCUUUCUUAUUAUUCUAUUUAAUAAACUACAAUUUUUAUUUGAAUUAUUUCUCCUUUUGAAUUCUGUAUUCAUAUACCCUAAAGAUAUAUUGUUACAGGUGCCUGUCAAAAUAAAUGUACACUUAUGUAAGCAAAAAUAUGAUAUAUGUCCCUGUGUUAAUGCACAUUGCUCAUACAUACCUGAAAUAUAUCCUGUAUGUGCAUAUAGCAUAGUAACUUGCCCUGCAGUAUAGUUUGAUGCAGUUUUGGGCAUGAAUAAACUUAUCUGUUGGUCUCCUUUUGAUGCCAGGCUGCUCUGCUGUCCCUGCCCGCCAUGCUCUGUCUCCUCGGUGAGGCCCAGCUUUGGAAGCAGUGCAGUGAUAGAGUUACAGGCAGUGUGACAGCCUAUUAUAUUUCCUGUGUGUGUCUAUCACUGAGCUGCUUUCGCACUCAGCCAAUGCCUACACAGCCAAAGAAUUGGGGCUACAGGGCCUCAUAUUUGGUUCUGUGGCCCCCUAGUAUUCUGAGCCUGGGAACAUGACUUUAUCAAGCACAUCAUUCGGGCAGCUACAUCAUUCUAAAGAUUAGUUUAUUAGUGUAUUUGGUCAGUUUUGUGUACGGUAUGUUUUUAAUUAAUACAGAGUUAAACUGUUUCCCUUGGCUAUAGUCUAUGGACAUUACUAUAUAUCAAAAAACUAUUUAAUAAUCAUUUACAAAAUCCAAAUUUCUUCUGUGGCUGUAACCUUUCUUAAUUUUCUCUUCCUCAUUUCCCCGACACUCUAAUCCACCUAAUCAAUUGUAAAAUAUAGCACACUGAAACUCAAAUAGCAAACUUUAAGCAAGCUGUGACAAUUAUUCAGAGUUUAGUGAUUAAACUCCCCCGUUUCUUGUUUGAAGGUUCUUACUUGGGAAGCAUAAAGCAGCAGUUGAGGUGUACAACGAGGCAGCAAGACUCAAUCAGAAAGACUGGGUAUGUACAAAGGUCCAUCCCUAUUGUACUAUGUAUCUGUGUAUACACACAGACAGAUACUUACUGAUGCAAUUUUGGAUUUAAUCAUGAUGGCUUGAAUAAUGCAUAUAUACCAGAAUAUGGCUCAUCAAGGGUGCAUCCUUGUAUUUCACGGGUAACAUUAUUUUAAGGAACAAAAUUAUCAUGUUAUUAGCCAAGCAAAUUACUAGAACAAUGUUAUAUAUUAAAGGGACACUCAAGAUCCUGUAGCACUUCAGCUUUAUGUCCAAAGAGUGUUUAACCAAAUUUACCUUUGGUAAAUAUAAGAAUUGCAAAUCCAGUUGAAAUUAAUUUAUUUUAACCAAAAGUUGCCCUUUUGUGUCAAAUUUAGGAACAUGUCAAAUCCCCAAAGCACUUUCAUUUUACAAAAGUGCAGAUUUCAAUAGAAAUUGGCACUUUUAUUUGUGAACUUUGUUAAACCCUGCACAGCACAGUGUCAAUCAGACAACGGCUCUGUUACUUCCUGGUUGUUUAGCUCAGUAGAGGGAAACUUAAGAGGCAGCAAUUGCCCAGAGCCCCUGACUUCUCAUUGAGCUGUAAUGGGAAGCCUGUGGACAGUUUCAUUAAUUGUGGCCUGGGGAGGACAUACCCCAGGUGAAAAAAUGAAUAAUUAAAUACAUACAUGUUUUCAUUUGGUGUAUAUUUACUAAACUGUGAAUUUUUUACAUUCUCUUUUUUUAUAUUUGGGUAGUAGUGUCCUUUAAAUUGGCCCUCUAGCCCGGAAUAGACCCCUUUUUUAAUGCACUACACAGAUAAUGCAUUGAAACAGGCAAAAAUAAUAAAUUACUAUUCAUAAAUAAAACAAAAAAACAAACACAUUUGACAUUUUCUCUAAAACCCUAGGCUUUGAAGUGUCUCUAACUAUGAUUGCCUUACUCCACUUGUUUGAUGCUUCUUGUAGAAAAGUAAGGUAGCCAAUUCUUCUGUGAAAAGCAUUCAGUGUCAUUCUGCUGUGUGCGGUUACUCCGACCCUGAAGACCUUUCAAAAACAAAGAUUGUAAGGAAGGAGUUCCUCAGUCUACUGGCUGCCUGUACUCUUGGACAAAUGUAAAUACAGCCUUUUCUCGGAAAUGGCAAUGUUUUACAUUGUUUGAAUAAACCUCUAUGUAUCAAAACCAAUACAUAAAUAUAUAGUGGUCUUGGUGCUUAGUGUCUGUUUAACUUUCAGUAUUACUCAGGACAGCGAGGGUUUUUGGGAGCUGUAGUUCAGUUGUUCAUUUUCAGAAGUCAGUAUUUAUUUUAUACCAUGCAGUUUGGGAGGCACAGAAAGAAUGGGAUUUUGGAGCAAAGGGCCCCUUCAACUCUUCAUCUAAAAAUAAAACACCUAAAAUCUAAAUUUGUCUAUAGGAGAGAUUACAAUAUCUACGCUGGGAGAUACAGAUAUCUAUUUCACACUGUGAAUUGAUAUUGUCAUUGAUGGGCAAUGCAGGGCAGUUCUCUCCUCAAAGAUUCGGUUUUUCUCCUUACACAUUCCAUCUCAACUGAGAUUUAUAUCAUUUUUGGCUUUUUUUGCUUCCAAGGUCUUCCAUGACUAAGAAUAUAUUUAAGACAGCUAACGGGUCGUAGGAUGUUAUUGUGUCUGUGGUUUGAUGAUUUUAUUCAUCAGAGUAUAAAGGUUUUCAUUUCUUAUUUUUUUUUUAUAUUGUAGGAGAUAUGUCACAAUCUCGGUGUUUGCUAUCUGUAUCUGAAAGACCUGAGCAAGGUGAGCAGAGGUUUGUAGGGCUGAAUAAUAAAUAGCUUGUUUUGGGGCAACAAAAUGUAUUUAGACAUUUCUACACAUAGUUUAUAGCUGCACUACACAGACCACUCACACACUAACGGCUUCACUCUCCUGUUUAGUGUGAAAACUGUCUACUUAAUUCUUGGGUUUUGUUUAAUUAUGCAACUAAUGAUGAUUCUCCUCUAUCUUUGUUUUGUUGUGUGUGUGUGUUUUUUGUAUGUUUGUUUUUCCCACUGAAGAGCAAGGAGCAGCUCUCUCUGGCUAUGCAACUGCACAGGCAAGAUCUCAGCGCCAUGAUCCUGGGCAAGGUUUAUCUUAUGGAAGGAGACACUGAGUCGGCAAUUCAGACCUAUUUGCAAGCUCUGCAGUAAGCUUUUGUGAAUAUAUGCUUUUUAAGAGAAUGUAGACAAAUUACAUACACCAUGCAAUAUACGGUGAGACCUGCAGUAAGUUUUUGUCUUGGAUCAGAAGUAUUGUCUGGUUCCUGGGUCUGCUGUAUAGUGCAGUGAUGAUGGAAUUUGCCAUCUGGUAACUUCUACAUUUGGAUACUACAGUAGUAUGGUGAAAAGCCCAAAGUUUACGCUCCACCUUUUCUUGUGUAUGUGAGUGUAUAUCUGUCUACCUAAAGACUAUUACUUUCCUUUGAAUUUAAAGUUUAUUUCUGUUAUCUGUAACAAAACCGUAACAUAAAAUAGGACAUCUGUAUCUGUGUAAGUAAACGUAUUGAAUGAAUGAUGGGGUAUGUUAUAAAAUGUUUAAGGGGCACUGCAGACCUCUAACGCAACUUUAGCUUGCUGUAAAGCUUUAUGUGCACAGAAUGUGUUUUUUUUUUUUUUUUUGCAAAAAGUUUAGAUUUCAAUAAAAAUUGACACUUUUACAAACUAACUUGGUUACACCCCCAGGUCCUGCUAUUUCCUGGUUUGGUUAGCUCAGUGGAGCUAAACUCAAGAGGCAGCAAUUGCCCAGAGCACCUGCCUUGCAAAGACUUCUCAUUAAGCCGCAUUGGGUAGGCUGUGAUUGGACCGCCACAGAAAGUCUGGGCGGAGUUAUAAGGGGAGGGUUUGUAAAGGCAGCAGACAAGAGAACUGCAGGUUUUGCAAGCUGUUUUUAGAGUUACCCCCUAUGAAAAAAAACUUAUAAUUAAAUGCAUGCAAGAUUUCAUUUGGAGUAUAUCUUCUAUUAUUUUUUUAUUUAUUUUGUAUUUGGGCAUUGGAGUGUCCAUUUAAAUAAAAGAACAAAAACAUUCUGUACAAUGUUUUUAAAAUAGUGUCCAUUAAACGUGGCGUGAACACGACAAUAUAAACAUGUGAUCCAUCGAACAUAACAUUUUCUUUCCAUGUUAUUUUAAAAGAGAAUGCAACAAAGGUAUAACGAGUGAUAGGGAAAGUAGGUGAGGGUUAAUAAACAAUGCAGGGGGACGGACGGUACCAGCUGAUUUGAGAGCCAUAAAAACAGCUGAGCCUGGGAGGGACUGCUCAGAUUCCAUUUUAUAUAUUUUUUUAACAAGCAACAAUUUAAGAGCUAUUUAACUGUUUUUGACCUAAUUUGGCAGGCAUAGUUUGAAAGCUGUUUUCCUGUCCUAAGCACAAUGGAAGGGAGAGUAGGUUUAGGAUUGAGCUGUGUUAGUCAUGAUUUAUACAUUUUUGGAGCUGUCCAUAUAAACAAAGCUGUAGAGAUUGAAGGACUACUAUAUACAGGAUUAAACAGUGGAAAAUAUAAUUAGCGAAAGCACUUAGAAAGUGACCUCACUGCUUUGCACAUUUCUUACAAUAAACAAGAGAAGAGUUAUGUGAUUCUAUUAAAAAUGUAAACACCGAUCUCAUUGUUGUGGGCUUCUUGUAUUCUUUCGCAAACUGAGCCCAUUGUUCCUCGUGCUUGGCGUGACGCCACAUAAGUCCAGUUUUACUUUCAGUCCCCCAUCUUAAUUACAGGGGUCUCUUCGUCCACAUGUUGCAGCUGCUAUUCCAAAGCUAAUUCACUGCCCUACAUCGAGUUCUUUGUCACAAAUUCUGGAAUCCAUGUAGUGAGAAUUGUAGCAUUAGUUAGAUCUAGAAAGUGAUGUGAUAUGUGUAAGGUUAAUACAUUUGUGAAUUUUUUUGCUUGUCCCUUUCACAGAUUAUCUCCUGAAAGCACUGAAUUGCUGACAACAUUAGGACUAUUGUAUCUACAGGUAAAGAAUUAUAGAUGAAUUGUCCCGUAAUGAAUCCUACCGACCAGCUUUCGCUCUACCACACUUUGCUGUGCUCUGGGUGUGAAUUGUAUCUUUGCUGUCCUCUUUGCCUCCUGACGGUCCCAUUUUCUGUCUGUCAGUUGCAAUCAAUGUAUCCUUUAGAAUAUUCACUUAACUCUGAGAUAUAGAGGAUUGACAAGGUAUUUGCAUAUUUUAAGCCAAAAUAGGUAAAUUGAAAAAAUUCUUCAGCUUGUUUAUUAUUUUUCCUGCUUGUCCGUUUUUUGGUAUACAAUUUGCUAGUUCUCCGCAAUUCCCAAUUUAUUGAAAUAUUUACAUUUUUGUUUGGUCAGAGCUGCUAUCUACUUUGUCUUUAUUACAUGUGUCACAUUGUCCUCUGUCUUGAUUAUGGACACAUAAUUCCAUACACACUGUAGCAGUAGAACAAGCAUAGAAGAGAGCAGGGUAUGAAAAGAGAGUGAAGUCCUAAACAAGACUGCACAAUAUGGGCAUACUGUUAUUAGCUAGUGCCACAGUGACACAAAUUGCAAAACAAGGGAAUGCUCCGACAAUGCUUGUGUUUGUUCAAAUCUUCAUUUCCUAUAUUAGAUGAUCUCAUAUGCAGGAGGUAGACAUGCCCAUAAUGCAGCACGCUCCUCUCAUUCUAACUCUCCUCUUCAAUCCUGAGCUCUUUUUCUUCUCUCUCAGGAGGAAGAUGGAUUAAUACAAACUCUAACUGAAGUUAGAUUAAUCUUUUUACAAGCCUGGAAUUAAUGAUUUGUUCCCUGUUGAGGGAUACCUGCUCAGUCCUAUAUGGCUGAGUGGUUAAUAGUGGAGUGCAUAGGAUACCAAUGUUCUCCAGGCAGUCUGCAUGUACUCUGAAAGGCCACAUGCAGAGUCUGAUAUUUUCCUGGAUUGUCUACCGAUGCCUAAUCAUGAAGGUCCCUUAGAUUGAAUACCAAUGUGAACACCUGGGCUUGAGCUCCAGGUGGGGUAUAUUCUCUCUGUUAAAGGUUGUAUUCUUCAGAGACACAUGAAGUCUGAUCCUUGGACCAGUGAGUCUUGGAUGAAUGGGGUUUCUUCAGUUUUUUAGCUUGGUUUUCAGCAUCUCCCUUCUCUGGAUUGGUUCCUGCUGUUUCAUUCUUUCCACAAACCUCUGAAGGCUUUCUAGACUACGGGGCUGAAGUAGAAAUUAAUGUAAUUUCUCCUGUUUUGGUUCCGGAACAGGAUCUGGGGUUCUACUUGAACCUGUUUAUGAUCCAAAAGGAGAAGUAUACAGAUGCGAACCUAUCUAUGAACCUGAGAGAUGGUCUUCCAGCUUGUUCCUCAGGCUUCCCACUUUCAAAAAAAUGGACAGCCUACAAUCUGUUCAGACUUCAGUGCAGGACAGCCAUGUAGCAGAACGCUGGUCUCUCACAGACUAUUUCCGCUGGUAGUCCAGGUGUGGCUCAGGAUCAAGUAGUAACCCCAGGAGAAACAUCCACAGUAAUAGAAUAAUCCAACAGCGUAGCACAAUCAGCAAUACAAUCCAAUAAUAUCCCAUCACCUUUCCCAAUAGCUGGACGACACAGAGUAUCAGGAGCAGAACUGCACUUUUAUUCCACAACCCCUGCUUUUAUGCCUCUCUCCCACUGCAAGGGAGACACCCACAAUACUAUGUACAGUCACCAAUCAGAUACAUGUUACCUCCCACACAUCUCCUCCCCUCUGCCUGUGAUACAAUUAUCUCAACACAAUAGACUAACUUAAUUAUCACAGGCAGAAAAUAUACAGUUUUUACACACAUGCUGUAACGUUAAAAAUAUACAUCCAAUCUUCCUAAAACAUACAUUUUCAGAAUCAGCAUACUUAAAAAUAUAAACAUACUCAAAAAUUAGGUCAAUCAGUUCAGGGGUUAAAAAGUUAGGUGAAGGUCCCUUUAGGACCACUGAAGCAUGGCUUUCCAGCCCAAACCAGUUCCAACUAGUCUGGCAGUGUGCCUGGGACAACACCCUGCUGGACAACAAUGGGACAGGAAACGGGGAGGGGUACACCUUCCUAUACACAAUCUAUACACAGUCUAAUAGAAGUCCAUACACUGUGCUUAAAGGGCCAGUAGCCGCGUAAUAAAAAUCCCUUAUGCCCAAAUAUGUUCUUAAAAGGCAAUACAUCCCAGGGGCUGUAGUCACAGGGCAGGAGGCGGGCAAGCAGCCCCCUCCAAAAACUCAUGGCAAACUCCUUUAAAGGGGCAAGUUUGCUACAAGCCAGUUCAUGACAACUGGACGGGAAGGAAUGUGCUGACGUAUUGCAAUAAGAGUGUUUAUAACUCCUCUGGUUGUGAGGGAUUUUAUCCAAUAUAUCACAAUUUGUGGGUUCUUAUCCAGAAGAAAAUUAAUUUGUCAGAUAAGACACGUUAUAUAUUGUGUUUGCGAUUUACCUGAACUUAAACAAGGUCAUUUUGCUUAUUUUCUAUCUUUCUGACUUGUUACAGAAUGGAUUGUACCAGAAAGCCUUUGAAUAUCUUGGGAAUGCUCUGACUUACGACCCCAGUAACUAUAAGGUGAAGAAACUAAUGUAUUCUAUAGAGUGGCUGUACAGUAUUAGACAGGAGACUCAAUUAAAAAUCCACAAUUCUUUGAAUGCACUUUAAACUGAAUGAAAAAAGUAAUAAUUGUACUAGAAAAUAUAACAUUUUAACUCUCAACAAUAAAUGAUGUUUCAGCUCUCUUACACCUCUUAGCAUUUAAGGAGGCACCCUUAGCAACAUAACUACCAUAGUUCAUUAUUGGUGCUGUCCCACCUGUUUGUGUCAAACCCUGUUUGGAAUUUUGACAAGAAAUGCUUUUCCCGGUACCUACAAGCCAUUCCCUCCACUAAUGCAAAAGUGACAGAAAACUGUGACAUUGAUGCGUACAGCUGUACUCGGACUGAUUAAAGAUGAACGACGUGAGCAGAAGUAGGGACAAAGCUAAUGUAUUUUUCUUUUAUUUCAGAAAAUGUGAAACAAUACACAAAGUAUAGGUUAGAAUGUGCAUGGUCUUUGUAUGUAAUGUGUAAUAUGUCUUUCCCAGGCUAUAUUGGCAGCGGGCUGUAUGAUGCAGUCUCAUGGGGAUUAUGAUGUGGCCCUCAGUAAGUAUCGUGUGGCCGCCUCAAGUGUUCCUGAAAGUUCUCCACUCUGGAACAAUAUUGGCAUGUGCUUUUUUGGCAAGAAGAAGUUUGUGGCAGUAAGUGUUUUCUGACUGUAAACAUUUCUUUCUGUCCAUCUUAUUUAUAUAUAUAUAUAUAUAUAUAUAUAUAUAUAUAUAUAUAUAUAUAUAUAUAUAUAUAUAUAUAAUUGAAUAAUUUAAUUAAGAACAUCAAAUCCAUGUAUAUAGUUGUUAAACAGCAGCUUGACAAACGAACACAUUUGAACAAAACAGUUGAGCAGGAAACCAUGUCGAAAAUCUUAAUUUUGGCCUAAAUGUUGUACUUUGUCAAUUUCUCGCUCACUCGUAUUCUCUGUUUAGUGUGAGAACUCCAACAAUGCUUUCUCAGAGAACAAUACAUACAGAGACUUGUUUUUUCUUUCUGCUUUUUUGUUUUUGUUUUUUUUGGCACUGCUAGUGUGCAAUACACUAUUUUACAAAUAUAGUGUGGACUAUGGCAGGAGGCACCUCAGCAUAUCUACUCAACAGUGAUUUUUGAUGCAGACAGGAUUCAGGACAUGUCAUUUUUUUAAAUGAAUUUUUCCAGUGGUUUUUAUUUCCUGAUUCACAGUUAUUACAUGGAUACGCUUUUCCUUAUAUAUGAAUUAAGUUCAUUGAAUAAUUGGUGUGCAUUCUAGGAAUUCCAAUUUCUUAGUAAAUAUUGAUGUACAUAUUAUGGAUUUUUUUUUUUUUUUUGAUUGAAGUGAUGCACUAAUGAAUUACCUUGUAUAAUACAUGAAUUAAAACGCUUCUUCAUUUUUUUCAGCAGUUCUUUUGGUGUGCGUUAUCAAUAUUUUGUAUUUGCUAUAUUGUGAUUAAACGUUUUUUUACUCAUGAUCAUUAGGAGACAGUCUAAAUAUGUUUGUGCGUCAGUAAGCUUCAUUUUAUAACUCUUUUACUCUUUCUCUGCAGUACUGUUGAAUUUAUUUAUUUUUAUAUCCUAAACAGUCUAAAUUUUCAUUAUGGCAGACACUGAAUGUCAGUGCCGAGAUGUUUUAUUUUAAGGGCAGUGUUUACUUGGGAUUGCCUGCAGGGACUGACUGUACUCACCAGAACAUCUACAGUAAGCUGCAGUUGUUCUGGUGACUUUAGUGUCCCUUUAACUUUACCCUUUUGUGUGUAUGGGGAUCCACAUUUUCUGUAAAGAACAUACAUUAUCUAUGUACUCUCCUAUAUGUCUUCGUCCUUUUUUUUUUUUCUUUUCUGCAGGCUAUUAGCUGCCUGAAGCGUGCACUAUACCUGUCCCCGUUUGAUUGGCGUGUUCUGUAUAACCUGGGCCUUGUUCAUCUCAGCAUGCAGCAGUAUGCCUCCGCUUUCCAUUUCUUGAGCGCAGCUAUAGCCCUUCACCAUGGCAAUGCAACACUGUACAUGCUGCUUGCAGGUGAGCAACACGUCCCAAUCUUGUGGCCAUCUGCAAAAUGUCAAUCAGGUUUGUCUACUUUAUAUCAACCCACUUCCUUUUUCUAAAGUGGCUCUCACCUACCUGGAUGACACAGAAAAUGCCAAGAACGCGUAUCAACAGGCUGCAAGUCUGGACCAGUGAGUGAAAAUAUAUUGCCAAAACUGUUUGGCUAUUCUAUGUCAUGUUCAAUCUCCAUCUCUCCCUUAUACCUUAACCUUUUGCGCUGUUUUGAUUGUUUCCUUUCUUGCAGACCCCCUCUUCCUUUUUUUUUUCUCUCUCCUCCAAUGCACCUUACACAGCGAAUGCUUUGCUUUCAGUGUUAUACUGAAUAUGUGUAUCCUCCUUUAUGCGUUUCUUUUUUUCCCCUCAAACUUCUACUCAGGACUGACCCUUUGGUGAACAUGAAUUUUGCUAUACUGCUAUAUAACCAAGGAGAUAAAAAGGGAGCGAUGAGUCAAUAUCAAGAGCUGGAGCGUAAAGUUAGUGCUCUCAGAGAGACUUCAGCAGAAUUUGAUCCCGAGGUGAGGAAUGGACACAUACGUUAUAUUAGAAGUGUUUAUUACAAGGCCUGAAUGACCAUAACUACGUGAUGGAACCUGGUAAUCACUCCUCUUCAGCCAAAGUGAUGGUUUUGAUCAGUGACUACAUGAAGUGGGAAUGAAGGCCUCACAGCAGCUGUAACACAUUGUGAUUUUUCAAUAUAAUUUGGUUGAUGUCGCCAAUAUUUUCUAAGUCCAUUUCCCCAAGCAAUUUCUAUUUCUGCCUUCAUCUGUUAAAUUAAUUAGUAUGACUAAACCUGGGCAGCCCCCCUAAUCUAAAUUUGCCCCACUUCUUCCUGUCAAGGCUGCACCUCUUCCUGAUUAAGAACCCAACCCUAGAUUCCACUUUUUCUUACUCCUUUUAAAGGGAUACUAUAGUGCCAGGAAAAAAAAGCUGUUUUCCUGGUACAUGCCCCCAUGCAGUUUUCUGAGAAACUGCAAUAAUUACACUUACAAGGUUAAAGGGACUGGGACACUGCACCCAGACCACUUAAAUUACCUGAAGUGGUCUGGGUGCCAGUAGUGCCCAUUUAAGCACACACUCUGACAGUCACACACGCUCAAUGACAAACACACAGACGUCACUGACAAACACAGACUCACUGAUUUGACACACACACAUUCACUGACUGACACACACGGACAGACACACACACAUAGACAUUACUGACAGACACAAACUCACUGAUUUAACACACACAUUCACUGACACACACUCACUCAUUAACCGAUACACACAAACACUGACACACUCAAUGACAGACUCUUACUGAAUCGAAAAACACACACAUACACUCAUAUACACACACACUCCUACACUCACAAAUUAUUACAAUUAUUAUAAAUUAAAAUUCUCCACCCAGCCUCCUUACCUGGAAACCUAGCAUGGAUCUGUCCCAGCGUCAAGUGGGGCUGCAGGGAGGAAUGCGGCUGUGUUUGAAUAAGGGCAGCGAGGGAGCUGUGAUUUUCCUGCUCUGCUCCCUUGCGCCUCGCAGGCUGUCUACUGAUGCCGGGAGCUGGAAUGACUUCAUUCCAGAUCCCGUGGCAUCAGCAAACGGCGCGCGAGGGAGCAGAGCAAGGAAAUCACAGCUCCCUUGCCGCCUCUGAUUCGAACACAGCUACACACCUCCCAGCAGCCCCACUGGACCCUAGGGACAAGGGGAACACCAGGGAAGCCCUAGUGGGCGUUUGGGGGCGGCAUUUUUUGCUACCAUCUACCAUCUUACAAACCUUGGCCACGUUGUCUUAUUGUUAAAUGUAACCUGUAGAAAUGAAUAUUUCCUAAUAGUAAUAAAAAGAUUUCUUAAUAAUAUAUCAAACUUAUAAAUAUUAUAUUGUCCAUGUUGAUUUGGAUGUUAUAGAUGGUUGAUAUGGCACAGAAGUUGGGAGCAGCUUUGCAGGUUGGAGAGAAUCUGGUUUGGACCAAACAGACAAAAGACCAAAAAGCAAAACAACGGACGGCAACAAAAGGACCUGGCAUCGAACAAACUCCCCUGGGUUCCAACCAGGCCUUGGGAAGAGCAAUGUCUUCUGCAGCGGGAUAUGCCAAGGCCCCUGGCCUUCCAACAGGUGAGAGCCUCAAAGGUGUAAAAUGAUUGAUUAUAACACUCUGUAACAAUAGGGACGCUUAGGUUUUUAAAAAUAUUGUACUCUGUGUUUUCGUGCACUCCUAUAUAUGAAAUUCUGCUUGUCUUUUUUAGGAAUUAGUGCUCCUCUGGCCUCUAAACCUCCCUCUUUGCCGCUGGAACCAGAAGAUAGUGCAAACUCUGCUUCUGUCCCCCAAGACUUCAGGAGAGGUCCCAGCUAACUGAUCGAGAACUACCCCGAGAAGAGGAAACCCCAGAAACACGUAGACAGAUACUCAGUAGGAAUUAAAUGACUCUUAAUAGGUAAAAUUUCACUGAGAUCUCUAAGUCUAUAUCCAGCAAGUAAUAGCGAUAGAUGCAAAACCCCUGAGAUCUAUAGUUGGUAUAUUCCAGCGGCAGAUAUUGGCUAUGUUAUGAAGACGAACUUGUGAUAAUAUACUAUUCAAGCUAAUAGCCUAUAUGGCUGGAUUAGGUGAUAGAACACAUCAGACUUUACUGCAUAAACUUGCCUCCCAGAAAAGCUGGACUUUGGUGACCUAGCUCACUGGUUUGUGUUCAAGAAAGUAAUAUAUAUUGCUUUAUAUAGUUAUGGAGGAGCCGUGUUGUUAUAUUGUUAGGAGUAUAAAUUAUUUAUGUUUUUAAGUUCCCCUGUUGUGAAGAACAUGACUUGGUGUAACAUUAAAGGGAAUCUGUGCGUGAUGGGCAAUAUUUCAAAUAUGGCAGCAUGCCACAAGAGUUAUCUGGAGCCAAUGAAGGUUCACCCUGCAGUUACCGUAACCGUUUCUGGAUAUUGUCUGUUUACUUACACAUAGCAGUCCACAUGGUUCGGUGAUAUUGACUAACUUCAGGCUUACACUCCAUGCAAUGAUCCAUAUAACGAAAUCUGUAAUUCGCAGAAAAGAUAUUCUUAAUGUCUAACUCCUAAUAUCCUAUAGUUUGGAGGGUUUUUUUUUUUUUCAUUCUAGAGAGAGUUGUGAAAAGGGAAUUUAGGAAAACUUGUUUUUUUACAUGGGCCCCAUGUGAACCUUGUUGGAAGGACGAAAUUACUGUUUCUGUCUUGAGCUUCUUCUAUUGAAAGUUUGGAGUAGCAAUUCAGCCCAGUCCACAACCUGUCCAGUGUUUGUGAGUAUCCCUGUAGGAACAGAUUUGGGAAAUGUCCAAAUCCUGGAUUAAUGUGUUCUUUAUGGACUGUGUUGGAAACAGUGGUCAAGAAGCUUGGCAGCCCAUCACCUCUUCAAGGAAGCUAUUUUAAAGUCCAUCGGUCAGGCACAAAUGACAUUGGAUCACUUUAUAAAGAACACGUUGUGCUAGCCAAACCACUGCACGUUGCAUGGACAACAUUUUAUUCAUAGAGAUAAAAAAAGUCAAAUGACACCCCAUUGUUGGGUAUGGAGUACCUCAUUUGCUGUGUGCGUGGGGGGCAUAUUCACAUCUGUUGCAGAGACCAUCUUCUAAGAGGCAGAAGAAAGAUUCAAGCAAAUAUAUCUCUGAUCUCUACUUCUUGACGCUUAUACCAGUACUUCCUGAAGCUGAACUUCUCGUCCACUUGUUUUAUGAAUGACAGAUUCACAUUAUUCACUGAUAAGGACUGCAGUAAAUGUACUAAACAAUUAUUAUUAUAUAUAAUACUCAUUGUCCAUCAAACUGUUUCCAGUUUUAAAAGAUCCACGAGAGGGCGCUCAGCUCCAAGAGAGUGCAAUGUAGUCAUUUCAGUGCAUUUUAAUAAAGCUUUAUUUUAUUAGC